AUGUCUACUCUCCUGGAAAACAUCAUUGCCAUCAUUGACCUUUUCCAGCAAUAUUCGAGCAACGAUAAGGAAAAUGACACAUUGAGCAAAAAAGAGCUGGAGGAACUACUGGAAACAGAGUUUCGGCCAAUCCUGAAGAACCCAGAUGAUCCAGAUACUGGUGAUGUCUUCAUGCAUAUCCUGGAUCUAGACCACAACAAGAAAGUAGACUUCACUGAGUUUUUUCUGAUGGUAUUCAAGUUGGCCCAAGCAUAUUAUGAGUCUAUGAAGAGACAGAACCUCAAAGCAUCAAGCCCAAAGCAGAAAAAGUAUGGUCACAAACACCAAAAUGAAGAAGAUGAAAUAGAAGAUGAGGAAAAGGUAGAAGAACGAAGAAGGAAAUCAAGUCUUUCAAAAAGGCAUGGACAAACAGGGAAGAAGUGUGUAACAGGAACAGACAAAAAGAAACAUAGAUCUAGCUCCAAAAACAAAGGAAGAAGAGAUGAUUCAUCUCCUUCUGGCCACAGGGAGAAAAAUGGGAAAAACCAUCAUCACCAUACUGGUAAACACAAGAGGUCAAGUUUCAUUGAUCUAGGAGAAGAAACAAACAUCUCAAGCAUAAACCAAAAAAGGGAAGUAGGAGAUGAGCAUAAUUAUGGUUCUGAAAACAGGGAAAGAGGAAGUGCAAGAUGGGAAUAUUCGAGCCAAGAAGAAUCAGAAGAUUCAGACAGGCAAUCUGGGCCCCCUGGAACAAACCACAAUGGAUUCACUCACCACCAGUCAAGAGGCACGAGGCACUCAGGGUCUAAUCAAGAACACAGAUCUGAUAGUCAACAGUCUCACUCUACCCACAAAUACUCACUUUCUGCUGCCAGAGGAAGACAAGGAUCAAGGCAUGGACACUCUGUAGACAGCCCUACACAUUCGGGCUCUGAUCAGGGAGAAAUAUCCUCCCAUGGACAGUCCAGAUCAAGCACAAAAAGUACGCAGGAAUCCCAUCAAGAGCAUGCAGCAGAUCACCCCAGACACUCAGGGGAUGAAUAUGCACGAUCAUCAUUUGAAUCCAGGACAGGAAGACACAGGGGAUCCAGUGUUAGCCAGGCCAGUGAUAGCGAAGGACAAUCAGAAGACUCACACAGACAAUCUGGGUAUACUGCCACACACUACCAUGGAUCUACCCACGGCCAGUCAAGAGAUAGCUCCAGACACUUAGGGUCUCAUCAAGGGCGCAGGGCCGAUGCCCCACAGUCUCAUCCUGCCCAUGGACACUCAGAUUCUACUGCCAGAGGAAGACAAUCAUCUUCUCAUGGACAGUCUGUAGACAGUUCCAGGCAUUCGAGUUCUCACCAGGGAGAGACAUCCCCUCAGGAAGAGUCCAGAUCAAGCACAAGAGGUAGGCAGGAAACCCAACAAGAGCACUCAGCUGACCACUCCAGACACUCAGUGGCUGAACAUGGACGAUCAUUAUCUGAAUCUGGGGCAGGAAGACACAGAGGAUCUAGUGUUAGCCAGGCCAGUGAUAGUGAAGGACAAUCAGAAGACUCACACAGACAAUCUGGGUCUGCUUCAGGACACCACCAUGGAUCCAACCAUGGCCAGUCAAGAGACAGCUCAAGACACUCAGGGUAUCACCAAGGGCACCGAGCCGAUGGCCCACAGUCUCAUUCUGCCCAUGGACAAACAGAUUCUACAGCCAGAGGAAGGCAAGGACCGUCUUACGGACACUCUGUAGACAGCUCUAGGCAUUCGGGCUCUCAUCAGGGCGAGAUUUCCACCCAUGGACAGUCAAGAUCGAGCACAAGAAGUAGGCAAGAAUCCCACCAAGAGCACUCAGCAGACCGCUCCAGACGCUCAGGGCCUGGACAUGCACGGCCAUCAUCUGAAUCCGGGGCAGGAAGACACAGGGGAUCCAGUGUUAGCCAGGCCAGUGAUAGUGAAGGACAAUCAGAAGACUCACACAGACAAUCUGGGUCUGCUUCCAGACACUACCAUGAUUCUACCCAUGGCCAGUCAAGAGACAGCUCCAGACACUCAGGGUCUCAUCAAGGGCACAGGGCCGAUGGCCCACAGUCUCAUCCUGCCCAUGGACACUCAGAUUCUACUGCCAGAGGAAGACAAUCAUCUUCUCAUGGACAGUCUGUAGACAGUUCCAGGCAUUCGAGUUCUCACCAGGGAGAGACAUCCGCUCAUGGAGAGUCCAGAUCAAGCACAAGAGGUAGGCAGGAAACCCAACAAGAGCACUCAGCAGACCACUCCAGACAUUCAGUGGCUGAGCAUAGACAAUCAUCAUUUGAAUCCGGGGCAGGAAGACACAGGGGAUCCAGUGUUAGCCAGGCCAGUGAUAGUGAAGGACAAUCAGAAGACUCGCAGAGACAAUCUGGGUCUGCCUCAGGACACCACCAUGGAUCCAACCGUGGCCAGUCAAGAGACAGCUCAAGACACUCAGGGUAUCACCAAGGGCACCAAGCUGAUGCCCCACACUCCCAUUCUGCCCAUGGACACACAGAUUCUACCACCAGAGGAGGAAGGCAAGGACCAUCUUACGGGCACUCUGCAGACAGCUCUAGGCAUUCGGGCUCUCGUCAGGGAGAGACUUCUGUCCAUGGACAGUCAAGAUCAAGCACAAGAGGUAGGCAAGAAUCCCACCAAGAGCACUCAGCAGACAGCUCCAGACGCUCAGGGCCUGGACAUGCACGGCCAUCAUCUGAAUCCGGGGCAGGCAGACACAGAGGAUCUAGUGUUAGCCAGGCCAGUGAUAGUGAAGGACAAUCAGAAGACUCACACAGACAAUCUGGGUCUGCUUCAGGACACCACCAUGGAUCCAACCAUGGCCAGUCAAGAGACAGCUCAAGACACUCAGGGUAUCACCAAGGGCACCAAGCUGAUGCCCCACACUCCCAUUCUGCCCAUGGACACACAGAUUCUACCACCAGAGGAGGAAGGCAAGGACCAUCUUACGGACACUCUGUAGACAGCUCUAGGCAUUCGGGCUCUCAUCAGGGCGAGAUUUCCACCCAUGGACAGUCAAGAUCGAGCACAAGAAACACUACCAUGAUUCUACCCAUGGCCAGUCAAGAGACAGCUCCAGACACUCAGGGUCUCAUCAGGGGCACAGGGCCGAUGGCCCACAGUCUCAUCCUGCCCAUGGACACUCAGAUUCUACUGCCAGAGGAAGACAAUCAUCUUCUCAUGGACAGUCUGUAG